CUCAGUUUGCCAUCUGUAAAACUGGGUUAGCACCCCCUCUUCCUUCUUAUGCCCCUUUAUCCUCUCUUAUACUAAUUGCAAAUACGGAUGGGCUUGUUUGUGUGCGGGCGCAGUGCAAAAUGGGGGGGGGGGGGCACGACGGUGGAAGUGCCGCUCGUAUGGGGAAGGUCUAAAGGGAAGGAUGCGUGUACGGAGGACCAGGUGCACGGAGGGACGGCGGGAUGGAGGGAUGCGCACUCGGGGAUGGAGGAUUCCUGCAGGGAAGGACACACGCCUGGCGGGCCGGGCGUCCGCCCACCUCCCGACCCACCCCCGGCGCCGCUCCCGCCGCAGCGGUGUGGGGUGGGCAGGGGGCGGGACACCCCCCCACACCUCCCCCCGCCCGGCAGCAACGCUGCCCCCCGCCCGGCCCGGCCCCGCCGUGGGGCUGCGGGGCGGGUUCCCCCCGCUCCCGCCUCCGCCCGCCCCCCGCGCGGGGCCUGCAGCGGGCAGCGCGGGGCGCCGCAGCCUGCGGGCGGCCGCCGUGCCCACCGCCGCCGCCCCGGAGGUGGGGGCGCCGCGCGGGGCCCGGGGUGCCAUGGAGGAGCCGCCGCCGCCGCCGCCCGCCUGAUCCCCGCGGCUGCCGGCACCGAGACAAAGCGCGGGGCUGCCCACCGCGCCCGCCCGGCCGAGCCAUGGUGGAGCCGCCGGCCGAGCCUCCCCCGCAGCCCUGCCCAGCACCCGGGGGGGCGGCGGGGGGGGAGCCGGCCCGUCCCGGCGAGCAGUCGCCUCUGCUGCACCUGGACCUGUACAACUUCGACUGCGCGGCGGCGGAGGGCAGCCGGUACGUGCUGACCAGCCCGCGGUCGCUGGAGGCCUGCGCCCGCUGCGCCGUGCGGCCGGUGGAGCUGCUGCCGCGGGCGCUGGGCGAGCUGCUGCGGGAGGCCCCCGGGCGCUCCAUGCGGGUGGCCGCCGGCCUCUACGAGGCCUAUGAGCGGGAGCGCCGCCGCAAGCUGCAGCAAUGCCGGGAGGAACGGGAGAGGAUUAUCCGGGAGGAGAAGAGGCGGAUCCUGGCGCCCCUCGGCAGCCUGCCGCCCUCGCCCGCCGCCCGCGUCGCCCCCCGGGCUGCCGCCGCUACCACCGGUGCGUCCCGGCCCCGUGGCAGGGGGAAGGCCGGGGCGUCGGGGGGUGCCAAGGCCAAGAGCCACUCCCUGGACUCGCUGCAGAAGCGGCGUGAGGGCAGCUGGGGCAAGACCUCCUCGGAGUCGGGGGCCUCAUCGUCCUACAGCGGGGAGAGCCUACGGGAGCGCGGUGGCAAAGGGGGCGGCCGGGGCCGGGGGGGAGCUGCCACCGCCAGCUCCCUUUUGGGGCGCAGCUUCAGCCUGGGCGACCUCAGCCACUCGCCGCAGACUGCCCAGAGGGUGGAGAGGAUCGUCAGGGAGGUGAAGAGGAAGAAGGGUCUCUCGGAGGUGCCCGAGAGGGACAAGAAGAUUGCGGCACUGAUGAUUGCCAAGCACCAGGAGGCCAACCUCCUGCGGGAGCAGCGGCAGGCAGCCCACCUGCAGUGGGAUAGCCAGCGGCGGCUGGCAGAGCAGCGGAAGGAGCAGGAGGAGAAGGAGAAGCAGAGGCAGCUCCUGCAGGGCCAGCGGAUGUGGGAGAGCCAGGUGGAGAAGCGACGGGGGAGGCUGAGCCAGGAGCAGGAGGAGGCCACCCUGCUGAAGCAGAGGCAGCGCCUGGUGUGCGAGGAGAGGUGGCGGGAGCAAGCAGAGAAGCAGGAGCGGCUGCGGAGGGAAAAGCUGGAGAGGGCAGUCCAGGAGGACAAGCAGAAGAAGCUCCAUCAAGAGCACAACCUGAAGGCGAGGGAGGAGGGCAAGAAGGAGCACCGGGAGCGAGAGGAGCAGCUCCUGCAAGAGAAGCUGUCCACAGCCGCGCAGAAGAGGAUGAAGAAGGAGGUGCAGCUGCAGAAGGAGAAGAAACUGCUCAACCAAGCAGAGAAGCUGAAGCACGAGGCCUUGCUCAAGGAACUGGCCAAGCAAGAGGCAGAAGAGAAGGAAAUGCUGAAGGCCUCCCUGGAGAUGAGUUUGACCAAGGCUCAGGAGAACUAUGAGCAGCUAGUGGAGAAGAGGAACCAGGAGCUGAGGGAGAAGGCCAGGCGGGAGGACAUGCAGAUCCAGAGAGCCAAACUAGCAGCAGAGAAGAAGGAAAGAGAGCAGAAGGAGCACUUGGAGGCCCUGGCUAGAGAGACAGAGAGAAAGCUCCAGCAUGCUGCUCAGGUGGCCGAAGAGGUCGUCCAAGAAAAGGCCCGCAAGGUGGUCUUGAGCCGUCUGGAGAAGGAGAAAGUGCAGAAGAUGAACAAGCAAAAGGUGGAACAGUACGAGGACUUACGACGCAGAGAGAUCCUUCUCUCUAUAGAGAGGAAGCUGGAGAGAAGUGAGCAGAUCUUCAAGGAGAAGAAGACUGUCUUAGAAAAUGCCAGGUCUGUUGCCCGGGCGUCCUUCCACGUCCGGGAAAAGGUACGGGAGGAGACGAACAUGCGCACCUUUGACAAGAUGGCCUUGGAAGCAGAACUGCAUGCCCACCUGAAUAAGAAAUGAAAGAUCUUGUCAUGAAUGAGUGGGGAUACAUCACCGGUUGUCCAUCAUAAUGCAUCAGAAAGCUCCUCCGCAUUAACAUUUAACAUUUCAAAAACAACAGCAACAACCAACAACCACCCUAAUUUCUUAUUUUGGGGGAACAGGGUACCGCACAAAAACGUGGCAGCUAUUUCACAUACUUUUUAAAAUACGUUUUUGUUCUGGUUGUGUUUUAAGGACUGACUUCAGCCAUCUUUUCAGAGGGGAAGCGAGCUUUUGUGUCCUCCACCCCACAAGCACACACAUUUUCUCAAAUAGGGCUGCAGAAGAAGUCUGCUUGGGGCCUGUGAGGUACCUAUUGAUUGUCUACAACCGGAGCUGACUAUAGCUGCUCUCUUUUCAGUUGGAAAUGCAGACAACAGAGACUAAGGACUACUAGAGCCUACUGACUAAGAACCAAAACCACCCCGGCUGAGUCUGGCUUGAGUGACAGGCAGCUUGGUUUAAGUUACGGGACUGCAUUUUCAAAGCCGCUGCACUUCCAGACCAAAGGUGAGGAGGGCUGGAGUUACAGAAUGCCGUACGCCCCGGGUGCUCCUCGCCUGCUGCUGGUACUGAGCAAGAGACAGCACAGAUCAAGGCUUUGUAACAUCAUGUAAGUAGACAUUAUGAUCAGAGCUGGGCAGGAGCUGUUAGAAGUGCUCACAAACACAAUUUCACGUUUGCCGUUUGCAACUGUUGCCCCUUCCGGGUAUCCUCACCUCUCCUUCUCCUUUCAAAGUUUCUCUUACAAACAUCUGUACAAUUUCUUCUUUUCUUUUGGAGGAGGAGAGGAGUUUGUGGGCAGUCCACAAACUGAUGGGCACCCAUACAACCCACUUGUUUGUUAAAAUGUAAAAAUGAAUGGAAUGAACCUGCGGAAUCUGGCCUUUAUGGCAAACACGUGGAUCAUUUGUAAAUGGAAAUCUGCAAACAGAUUGCAUAGAGAAAUUGCCACCUUUGGGAAGUCUCAAAACUCAAGGAGACCCUCAGCAACCUUGUCCAACUUGGCCUGCCUUGAGCAGGAAGUUGGACCAGGUGUCCUCCAGAGAUCCCUUCCAACCUAACGGUUCUAUGAGCUGCAUACGAUGAGAUGUUCACCCAGCUCUUAUCAUCGUCUACUGGGUAGGGCAGCGUUUAUCUGUCCACUGGUGCUAACAGUUGUAUUCUUACAUAGGGCACAAGAAAGAGUAGAUGCACAAAAUAAGGUACAUUACAGAUCCUCUUAGAUGAGGAUCACGGCUUUUUUAUAACUCUAACUCAAUACCAUUUAGAGGUAACUGAGUCCUUCUGCCAUUACUGCACUGGAAAUGUGAAAAGCCUACCUAUGCCCUGUGCACAGCAUUCAAGUAAGGCAGUGUUCUGCUCCAGGUUUCCAUGUUUACUCUCCGCUGGGUUGCAGAUACAAGCACACGUGCAAACCAGGCACUUUCUGCUGUUUUUUUCUGGCUCUGGGCAGCGCCAGCUCUCUGUUCCACCGCCCGUGACGCCAUGCUGGGUUGCUGUGGUGAUGGCAUCAGACCUGGAACAUGUGGGAGAAGCAGCAAGAACAGCCAGGAUCUUGUUUCCGUGUGGAUGUCUCUGGCAAACAAUACAGUAGAAGAGAAAAACAGAAGACGGCUGACGUGUGGCACAGACAUGCAGUCCUGCAUGCAUAGAUUGCUUAACAGAAUUUCCCAGGAGGUGACAGCAGGUCAAAAACCUCUUAGAAGGCUUUAAGAAAGGUGUUAAAUGAACAGCAACAACAACAGUAGACCAAGUGCACCCUGAUGCCCUGCAAGGCUGGAGACCUUAUACAAACAAUGUUGAAAACGAAGCAAGUAGGAAUUUUCUUUGAUUUUGAUGGAACUUGCUCCUCUUUGAAUCACGGUACAAUUGGUGCUGUUGAGGGCAGGCAGCGUGGAAGUCGGAAUUAGGGCACCUGAGCUAUGUUUGCUCUGUCAGUCACUGGCUGGCUGUGUAACACCAGGCAAGUCCUCAGGGGCUGGGCUUGCUCCUAUUGAUAUAAACGGAAGCAGAGUCGGGCUCUUGGGAUUGCUGGGACUCGCAGGAAAUAGCGACACUGGGCUUGGCAGAAUGCUUCAGAGACUUUGGACAAGUGAUGCUAACAAAGCACAAAGUACUAUUUUAUUAUUUAUUUAUUUAUUUGAGUGGUUAUUAAAGUAAAACAUAUCCGUUGGUGAAAAGCACUAAUUAAGACCAAAAUCUAAAAAUACCAGUAGCUGCGGGAAAGAUAGCUGCGUUACUGUUUCCAGCUAGGAGUCUCUCUGUCCCCCUCACCGUCGUCCUCAAAACAGCAAUGGUUUCAAACAGUGAGACCAAUCCUGCUGUAACACCGGACAAGGUCCUUGAUAAAAAACAGUCUUCUUCAUGUGUCGUUUGUACAGCAGUGGUCCAUGUGUGCCCUUGUAGCUGCAAAAACCUAGAAAAGAGAUGCUUGGUGGCUCAAAUCCAGCCUGUACAAAACCUCCCAUGCUCCCUGGCAGCACUAGAGUUGGGAUAAAACCUGCGGUGACUCCAGCAUAGCCAACAUUUCAUCCUUUUCGUAGCCUUCAGGGCUGCAGAGAAAGCCUGCCAGCAUGGAUGUGAGGGCUGUUGCUCCCUACGUCAUCGCGCUGUGGUUGAAGUUCACUGCUUGAUCCAUUUAGGAGAGGGUGAAUGGGUAGAGCUGGGAAACAGUGGACAGAAGGCAAAAUGCGGUGGGUGAAUGAGCAGAUGCAAUCUCUAACUGGAACAGUAGUUUUUCCCUAAAGUCUACCGCAAUCUACCUGAAGGCUUUGUCCAAACCUCCCUCUGAUGGGGCAUUUCCAACGUAGACUGAGAACGUUUUACAGGCCAGAAGACAUGUCUUGGCGACCGACUAUAAUUACACCCAGGGUCCAUCUUGUGCUGCUGACUGUGUUUGACACCUUGGGGCUACUGCUGAACUAAUCAAAACACACCUAAAUGGUGGUAAUUGGAUUGGCAAACUACUGUUCCUGUACUGCGCGGUGUGCAGCUCAAGUUUUGAAUGUGCAACCUAAGAAAAAAAAAUAUUUUUUUUUUCAAAAGA